AUGACUUAUAUGCAAGAAAGCGGAACAUUUCAUACCAAUCAAGCUUUUACGCUUGAAGUAGAAUCAAUAAAUACCGUUAGUCAUGUGAAACAACAAAUCCUUGAUCUUACAGGAUAUGAAAUAAUCACCCAAAAACUUUAUUACUUCGGAGAUCUUUUAGAAGAUAAAUAUUCAUUAGAUCGUUAUAACAUUCAAAAAGAUUCCACAUUACAUUUAAAAAUUGAAGUACGAGAUGUUAUGAAAAUAAACAUCGAAAUUAAAGAUUCCGAGAAGAAGGUGAUGAUUGAAGAUAGUCGAUUAUCGAUAGAAGUCGAAAAAUCCAUGACAAUUGAAGAAUUAAAACAAAAGGUUCAAAAAUUACAUGGAUUUCAAUCUAAUUCUCAAAGUUUUUAUUUCUUUGGUGUACAUUUGGAAGAUUAUCAACGAUUAAUGGAUUAUAAAAUUCAAAAUGAUUCUAAUUUACAUCUUUCUUUAUGUUCCGGUGGAUGUAAUAUGAGAAUUUAUAUUGAAAUUAAAAAAGGAAAAGUUUUAAAAACCUCUAGUAAUCGAAUAAUUAAUACUCCAACAACUAGUAAAAUCAUUACUCUCGAAGUUAAAUCAUUUAAUACCAUCGCUCAAGUGAAACAAAAAAUUAAAUAUUCGGAAGCGGAUAUAAAAUAUCUUUUCUAUUUUGGUGAACAAUUAGAUGAUAAUCUUAAACUUUGGGAAUAUAACAUUCAAAAUGAAUCAACGUUACAUGUGAGAUUUUAUUAUAGUAAAUAUAAAAUAUUUGUAAGAAAUUUCUCGGGACAAUUUAAAAGUUUAUUGGUGAAUUCAAUGGAUGACAUUUAUCAAGUGAAAAAAUUAAUUCAAGAAAUAGAAGGAUUCCAUCCAGAUCAACAACGUUUAAUUUGGGCAGGUAAACAAUUAGUGGACGAAAACACUUUGGCAGAUUAUGGAAUUGAGAAGGAAUCAACAAUUCAUCUCGUACCUCGUACCACUUCACGUCUAACUAAAAAAUCAUAA